AGGCCGGGGCCAGGGACGCCGACCCCGCCCUCUCCCGGAGCUGUCCUAGAAACUUACCGCAGCCACAAAGCGAGGUGCCUUUCUCUCCUUCUCGGCCGCCGUAGUUUUUAAAGAAACGGUUACCCAGCAACGAGAAAAAACAAUUCUAACCCUCUGAAAACAGCUGGGGGAGAAAGAAGAGGUACCACAGACAGUUCUUCCCAAGGAGAUGUCGAUUCCAUUCUCCAACACAUACCUCCAAAUUCCACAAGGAUUUGGGAAUCUUCUUGAAGGGCUCACACGUGAGAUUCUGAGGGAGCAACCGGACAAUAUACCAGCUUUUGCAGCAGCGUAUUUUAAGAAACUUCUUGAGAAAAGAGAGAAAACCAACUUUGAUCCAGCAGAACGGGGAGCUAAGAUAGAUGACCGCUUCCAUAACAACCAGGCAUUCAAGGAUUCUUCUGAGAAGAAUAAAGAGGAAGUUGCUGCUCUCAAAAUCCAAGCAGCCUUCCGGGGACACAUGGCCAGAGAAGAGGUAAAGAAAAUGAAAUCAGAUAAACUUGGAAAUGACAAAGAAGAAAAAAAUGAGUGAGGACACUGGUUUUACCCCCAGAAAACAUGAAGAAAUAAUCCAAAUCUACCAAACUUGUAAUUGUCAUUUUUUCCUUAGUAAGGGAAAUUUGAUGUCAUAAAAUAACAUUUGAUGCUGUUGUGAAAAUCUGUUGAGUGUUUAAUAAACAUGCCAGGGAAACAUACCA